AUGUUUUCACUUCACGGUCUGGUGCCGCUAUCUACUCUGCGGUCUCACCUACGACCCACCACACUUCAUCGAUGCUGGUGCGGCGCCGAAGGCGCUGACUACGAUGCCAACGGCGCGGGCGUCUGCGACAUGCCCUGCGGCGGCGAUGCGGGCGAGACCUGCGGAGGUUUCUACGCCAUGUCGAUCUACGAGCAUGACGUGGACGGCGGGGAAUCCGACGACCCCUCCUACCUGGGGUGCUACUCCGACCCGGCCGACAGCCGGGUGUUCGAACAGAAAAUCUCCUCUGAUUCCAUGACCGCGGAGGUCUGCUCCGAGGCCUGCGCUGGCUCGGCGUACUACGGAACGCAGUACUCGACGGAGGUCUCAGGAUUUCGCUACAACACUCCGUCGGACAACCAUGAAGAGGGCCACGACGAGAUCUGCGGAGGUUUCUACGCCAUGUCGAUCUACGAGAACGACGCGGACGACGGGGAAUCCGACGACCCCUCCUACCUGGGGUGCUACUCCGACCCGGCCGACAGCCGCGUGUUCGUGCAGGGCGUCUCCUCUGCUGCAAUGACCGCGGAGAUCUGCUCAGCGGCCUGCGCCGGCUCGGCGUACUACGGAACGCAGUACUCGGUUGAGUGCUGGUGCGGCGCCGAAGGCGCUGACUACGAUGCCAACGGCGCGGGCGUCUGCGACAUGCCCUGCGGCGGCGACGCGGACGAGAUCUGCGGAGGUUUCUACGCCAUGUCGGUCUACGAGAACGGCGCGGACGACGGGGUACCCGAUGAGUUCUCGUGCUCCGGCGACGCCGGAGUGUCGUCCGGCUCUUCCUGCUGCGAAGCCGACUGCGGCACUUGCGGAGGAUCGGGUUGCAGCUCCCGCGGCUCCGGCGCCGCUUCGUGCUGCACCUCGAACAUCCAGUCCGCCGGCAUCCUUUGCUCCGACUCCGGGGCCGCCCCGUGCAUCCUCUAA